AUGCGUAAGUACGAUACAUAUGGAUUGCCCUUGGCAGUGCAGAUUUGGGCAUAUGAGACUGUCCCCCACUUGGGUACUCGAUUUGCUAGGCGAGGGGAGACACAGUGCCCUCGGAUGGAUCAUUGGCGAGCAUCCCGAGCAGACGGAUGUCCGUCUGGCAAACAAUUAUCAGCACUCAUCGACGACCCUCAGCUCGAGGUCCUAAUGGAGUUGACGCCUUCGAUGGAGGAGGAGAGUCGUGGUCUUGUGCGUGAAUUAGUCGUUCCGCAUACUCCACGAGAUCAGAUGUCUGAUUCUAUCGAGGACCAAGAUAGGGAGCGUGGUCCAGUUGAUCAACGAUCACCUCCACCCUCGACCGAAUCACCUCCGCUGCCGAUGAGAUCUCAUUCUUCUCCUUCCAGGCACGUUCCCCGUGGAUCUCCUGCGCACAGUGAUCUGUAUGUCCUUCUGGCUGGAUUUAUGGCGGAGAUGAGGGAGGAGAUAGGUGUGCUACGAGGGGAGGCGAAGAGGAAGACGUUCGUCGACGGGAUGUACUCCAAACUCUUCCGGGAGGUGGACCAUGUCAAAAGGAAAGUGUUCGAGACGGAGUGGAGAAGAAUUAUGCUCAGAGAUAGCAGCACGGUAGGGGGAGGACGAUCUCGGAGGCCUAUAAGUGGUUUCACGAAUCACCACUCUGGGGACUUGGCUCGCCACGAUCACUCAACCUAG